AUGGAUCACAUGUCUCCCAGGCUGAGAGCCUUCCUCUCCGAACCCAUUGGAGAAAAGGAUGUUGGCUGGGUGGAUGGGGUCAGCCGUGAGCUUGCCAUCAAUUUGGUUACCAAAGGGUUCACCAAGGCCUACAUCCUGUUGGGACAGUUCCUUCUGAUGCACAAAAACGAGGCUGAGUUUCAGAAGUGGAUCAUUUGCUGUUGUGGUGCCACUGAGUGUGAGGCCCAGGAGAGCUCUAACUGUCUGAAGGAAUGGUGUGCCAGCUUCCUGUAG